ACUCAACUAUCAGACAGCGGAAGGACUCUAAAGAUCUGACAAGGAUCACAAAAAGAACUGAAGAAAUCCAUUUGCCCAGACAACCACCUAAAGAAUACAUUGAAAAUAUUGUGGCGCUCUUCGGUGGCCUGACGCCCAUGAGAAAGAAGACCUAUCAACUCUAACUUUCAAAGGCUGUAAUAAUUAAACCAUUUAAACCCCUUAAAAUGAAGGCAUUUAGCAUUGCAGUUGCAGUGACACUCGUGCUCGCCUUUAUUUGCAUUCUGGAGAGCUCUGCAUUCCCAUUCGCAGAGGUGCAUGAGCUGGAGGAGGCAGGGAGCAAUGACACUCCAGUUGCGGCAUAUCAAGAAAUGUCAAUGGAAUCGAGGAUGAUGCCAGAGCCCACCAGGCAGAAGCGCCAGAGCCACCUCUCCUUGUGCCGCUUUUGCGUCAACUGCUGCGGUGCCGACAAGGGCUGGGGCUUAUGUUGCAAGUUCUGAAGAUUCCAGCAACAACCACUUACUAUAAUUGUGUUACUGUUUUUUUUCCUUACCACAAGAAAUGACCUUUUCUAGACCUCCUUCUUCAAUGCAUUGCCUGUUCUUCACUGUUUUGUAUCAUUUUUAGGGAGGUAUGAUUCAAGCUAGAGCACUGAGAAAAAAAAAUGAGCUAUUUUUAGUAUUUAUUUUGUAUGUUUUAGUACUUUCAACCUGUAAGUCAUUUUGUAAGCUCAAUGCUAUGUAAAUUAUUUUCUAAAAAUAAUCCAGCACAGUCCUUCAUCUAAAUUAAGUCUAACAAGUUAAUAUUUUGUGUUGAAUAAAUAAUGACCAUUUGAAGCAACUG